AGAAAAAUAAAAUUAAAUGCAAAAUAAAAUGACUAAUAAUAUGGAUGAGAAACGGGAGCGUCAAUACCCGGUACCCGAAUUUCGGACAAUAUUUCCGAUACAAUGUAAUCCGUUUAACGAGGACAGCAAACGUACGGCCGAACUAACCAAAUGGUGGUCAGAGUAUGCACUGUUGCCGGCCGACAUCUACCAGCGCCGGGUGGCCGACUCGAUGUUGGAGUUUGGCGCCUAUUUCUAUCCGCAUUGUACCGAUUGGAAGCGAUACGCCAAUCUGGUCAAAUGGUUAGGCUAUUUGUUUGUCUGGGAUGACCACAACGAAACCCAGUACGGCGAGUUUGGCCGCAGUAGUCGUACGGCCCGGCCAGUCAGCGACCAGUAUCUACAGUGUUUGGACCGAUUGGAGCGUAUGUUUGACAUGAAAAGCGAGACAACCGAUAACGAUAAGUUGUCCACCACUACUGCUAUCACUACUACUACUACUGCAACCGCUAACAAUACCAACGGAUCCGAUACCGCAGCGGCAGCCGAUUAUAUACCAAUGAAUACAUGGAAACCGUACGUAUUGUCCACUUAUGUUACCGUCGAAGCCAUUAUGCAAGACAUGACUGGUGUUCAACGCCUGAGAUUCAUAGACUCGUGGCGUCGGUAUCUUCGGGCACAGGACUAUGAGAAUCGGCUUAUUGAACAAAAAUUUGUCGACUUUGAUAGCAUCAAAAAGGCCCGUAUGGAUACCAGUGCUAACGCUACCAUAUUUGCACUGUUAGAAUACUCGGACGGACUGUGCGUACCUGAGCGGGAAUGGCUGGACCCGAGGUUCCAGCGAUUGUUACAUUUGGCCAAUUUUGCUAUUAUCUAUGUCAACGAUGUCUAUUCGUUUGAAAAGGAACUGUACGACCAAAAGGGACAGUUAGAUCGGAUGUUUGUCAAUCUGGUAGCCUAUUAUAUAUUGGACCAGAAAUGUUCAAUCCGGGAGGCAAUGGACAAGACUCUGGUAAUCUGUCGGCAACAUGAGUCCGAGUUUGACCAGUUGGCCAAAUCGGUAGCCAAUGAUCCGUCGGUUAGCUCCGAUACUAAACGCUACGUUCAAGGAUUGGCCACUUUUAUUUCGGGCAACUAUCACAUGUCUAUUACAUUGAAUAGAUAUAAUAAUAUUUAUUGA